GUGUGGGAGUGGAUGGGCAGCAGCAGCAGGUUAGCGUGAACCAGGCGGGGGUUAACAUGGCUCAGGGGGGGGCAGCUGCAGGGGGGAAUAUGCCCACCAUGGCUCAGCUUCAGCAGCUACAGCAGCAGCAGCAGCAGCAGCAGCAGCAGCACAGCAACAGCAACAACAACAACAACAACAACAACAACAACAACAGCAGCAGCAGCAGCAGCAGCAGCAACAACGCCCCAUGCUACCUGGGAAGCUACAGCAACAGCAAAUGGCUGCAUUACAGCAGCAACAGCAACAACAACAACAGCAACAGGGAGCUGUGAUGCAACCACAACAACCAGGGCAACCGGGAAACAUCGGCAACAUGAAUCCACAGUUCAGAGAGCUGCUGAUGAGGAGGCAACUUCUUCAACAACAGCAACAGCAACAACAGCAACAGCAACAACAGCAACAGCAACAACAGCUACAACAACAACAACAACAGCAACAGAUGGGGAACCACGGGCAGUUCCAGCCUCAGCAGGGCCAGCAGGGCUUCAUGCAGCCGGGCUCAGGUCUGCCCCCCCCCUCUGCUGCACCACAGCCUGGAGGUGGAGCCCCCGCCCCCCCCCAGCAGCAGGGUGGGGGGGCCACAGUGCCCAGCCCACAGCAGCAGAGCUACACUAACAACAUGUCUCAGGUUGCUGCGGCGAUCCAGCAGCGGCUCCAGCACCAGAUGCAGCUUCAACAACAACAACAACAACAACAACAGCAGCAGCAGCAGAACUCAAUGAGUCAGGAUGGAGGUGGAGGUCAAAGUGGAGUUUCAGGUGGAGGACAGACCACCCAGAGCAUGCUCCACCAGAACAUCCACCAGAGGCUCCUCCAGCAGCAGCAGCAGCAGCAGCAUCUCAGCGGGGGGUCUCCGGGGCAACACAGCAGCCCAAUGAGCCCACAACAACAACAACAGAUGGUUCAGUCUCCGCGGCCCCACCUUCAGGCUCAGGGCGGUUUGGGUGCAGCGGUUCGAUCUCCGCAACCGUCGCCGAGGCCUCAAUCGCAACCGCCUCGAUCCAGCCCGUCCCCCCGCAUGCAGCCGGCGUCAUCGCAACCGCAACCCCCGCAACCGUCGCCGCAUCGCAACCCCCCGCAAACAGGCUCCUCCCCUCAUCUCAUCGCGCAGCAUCAUCAAAACAUGGCGCCGCCGCAGAAUCCCCCGCUUCCUCCAGAUCAGUUCAGCUCGGAGCAGAACAACAUCAUGUCUCAACUGAGCGGGAUGACGGGGAUGCAGUCGGACAUGUUAGGGGGAAACAACAACAAUAAUAAUAAUAACAAUAACCCGGAUCUGCAGACGACGAACAUUAACCACAACAGUUUGGAUCUGAUGUAGCCUCGUCGCUCUCCGUCUCUGAUUUUUAAAGAAACUGCCGCGAUAUGGAGAGCGAGGCGGGACUUUUUUUUUUGUUGAAGUUUUUAUUUUUUAUUUAAAUAUUUUUGUGAUGUAUAAUAAAUAAGAACUGCCUUCCUAUGGGAGAUAAAUCUUUAGAAGUCAAUAAAUGAAUAAAUUAAAAACAAUGGUAAGUUAUUGCUGUUAAUAUAUAUCUAUAUAUAUUUUUGCCAAUUUUGUACAAAGGGGGGGGGGCAGUGUUUUCAGGUUGAAGAUAUUUCUUCCUUAUUAAGUCGAUAUUUUUGGGGAUUUUUUGCCUUUUUAUGAAUAUUUUUAAGAUUUUAAAUGUGGCGAAGAAUUAAAAGUGAGUGACACGAUGUACCUUUUUUUUCCCCCCUUCCUCAAAUACCCAUAAUUGUAUUUUGCAGAGUAUAUUUUAUUUCUGAAUUUAUUAUUAUGUUUCCUCCCUUCUCGAUGACAUAUCUUCUGUUACAGAAAUCCUUAUUAUGUACGACACACAUAUAGACUUUAUUUUAUAUGAUAAAGGGAGGGGAGUUAGAUGCGUUUUGUUUCAGGGUUUAUAAAUUAGAAACCUCAGCAGUGUUUUUUGGGGGGUGGUAUUUUUCUGCAAACAAAUCCUCCUCGCACCACUUUCUCCUCUGAAUGUCCCUUUUCUCCUGAAAGGGAGGAGGAGCCCCUGUUUUAAAGCUGGACGACGUUUAUGUACAUAUAUAUUUACAGCCUUGUUUAUAAACUGUGACAUGGAGAAGCCUGCCUGUACCCUCACAAACAGUUCCCCUUCUUUACAUCCCCGCUAAUUCAAUGUUGUACAGAAAAUGGUGGACUUAGAUACUGUUUUUGUAAUGAAAGUGAAAUUGAAAUGUAAAAAAAAUACACGCCUGUACAUACUUUUAAAAGCCGUAUAAGCAGAGGGAUUAUUUUUCUGCUGCUUGUCCCCCCCUUUCUUGUUUGGAUAUUUGCUGUAUCUGUAUAAAAACACAAAAACUCCUGAGCUACUGUACAGCAUUGAGAUGAUUUUGUAAGCA